UUUUCUGUGUGGCCAACAGGAGGACACUGUCCUCAUUUGGGUCUUCAGCAUAUUUAUGGAAGCCCCCGAGUCGCAGUUCCAGCAUGAGCAGUUUAGUGAGCAGUUAUUUGCAGGCCCAGGAGUUUCCCUCCAGCCCUGAUGCAAACAGCACACUGAAUGCUGAACACCUGGAGGGCUUUGAAGAGAUGCGUGUAGAACUUGAUCAGGCUGAGCUGAGACAGAGGGAACUUCAAGAUCGUAUUCACCAGCUGGAAGUGGAAAACCAGGAGCUCCAGGCAGCUGUCAGCCUUCAGAAAGAGCAAGUACAGGCAGAAAAGGAGAAGAGCUGUAACUACAGCGAGGAGAACUCACGGCUGACAAAGGUGAUCACAGAGUUACAGCAGCAGUGCCAGGUCUCACACUCAGCUCAGAGCACUGGCCUGCAGAAGAGCCUGCACUCAAUGGAGCUGAGUGCAGGGGAGCAGCAGAAGGAAUGUUCAACAAAGCUGGAGCAGCUGGUGACCAGCAAGGACGACUGUGCCUCAGAACAGCAGGUGUUGAACGAGGAGCUGGAGGCCUCUAGGUCUUCAGUUGCUAUGAAGGAUCUUUGCAUUGAUGACCUCAAAGCCAAGCUGAGUUGCACAGAACAGAAGAACCUCAACCUCCUUGCAAGAGUUGAUGCUGCCUUGGAGGAAAAGGGACAACAAGCCACAGCCCACUGUGACUCUGCCCUGCAUAUCCGGGCACUGCUAGAGAAGCUUCAGGAGACAGAAAAGGAGAAGGCAGAUAUGCAGAGACUCAACGAGGAACGUGCGUCUCAGCUGAAAGCAGCACGGGAGGAGCUGCAGCUGAAGGAAGAGGCACAGAAAGAACUGGAGUCCAGAUACAAUCGCCUCACUGCUGACUCCAGAGAAGAGAGUGAGAAGCUGCUUGGGAGCCUGGAAACCAUGGCGAAGGAGAAGGAUGCACUUCAGAAGGCCCUGACCCUGAAAGGAGAGGAGAUGGCUGAGCUCCAGACCCAGGUAAUGGGGUCGCUGGCUCAGGUGGGGUCACUGGAAAAAAAUCUUGAGGAAGCAAGGAAAGAAAGAAAGAAACUUGAGGAGGAGUAUGGUAGGAGGGAAGGAGCACUGAAGCAGGAAGCCCAGUCACAAGCAGAGCAACUUGAACUACAGGAGGGUCACUUAAGAAAGGUGAGUCAGAGUGUGCGUGGCCUUGAGGAGCAGAACCGGAAACUCUUGUCUGAGAAGGAGCAUCUGAGCCAGAAGGUGAAGGAGCUGGAGGAGCAGAUGGAGCAGCAGAACUCUGCACUGAGUGAAGUGGAAGAGGAGAGCAGGAAGCUGAAAGCUGAGAAUGCGGAUUUGCAGCAGUCCAAGAAGAAGAUGGAAGGGAAGCUAAAACAUUUGGAAGCUUCUAAAGCUUCCCUGGAAGCUGAAGUAGCCAGGCUGAGAGCCUCUGAGAAGCAGCUGCAGAGUGAGGUAGGUGAUGCCCUUGUGUCAGUUGAUGAAAAAGAGAAGAAGCUCUGGGAUGAGAACAAGCAGCUGGAUGAAGACUUGCAGAAUGCCAGGAGGCAAAGUGGAAUUUUGGAGGAGAGGCUAGAGGCUCUGCAGUCAGACUAUGAAGAACUGAGGCAAAGAGAAGAGGCCACCAAGGAGUCUUAUGCCUCACUUGAAGGACAGCUGAAGAAUGCCAAACAGCAGAGUUUACAAAUGGAAAAGAGCUUAGGCAACCUGAAGGAAAGCAAAGAGUGUCUCCAGUCACAGCUCACAGAGAAGGAGGUAGAACUGCAAGGCAUGGAGAGCCAAUGUGAGCAGCUAAGAGCAGAAGCUGAAAGACAUAGGAAGAAAGCAGAGACUCUCGAGGUGGAAAAGCUCAGUGUUGAAAAGACGUGCCUUCAUCAGACAGAGCUUAUCGAGUCCCUCACAUCAGAAAAGGAAUCACUGGAAAAACACCAACUGCAGCAGGCAGCUUCUCUGGAGAAGGAGGCAAAAGAGCUGGCUUCCAGACUGGCUGUGAGUGAGGAGCAGCUGGAGGUCAGCCGUGGUGAAGUGUCUAGGCUGCAAGAAGAAGUCCUCGACCUACGAGUCAAGCUUCAGCAGACCACUGAUGAGAGAGAGAAGAUGAGAGGUGAGCUGGCAGUCACAGAGACUGCCUUGGGCGAGCAGAAGGCACUUGUCCAGCAGCUGAAGGAGCAAAGUGAGUCACUCAACAGAAACCACGUGCAAGAACUGGUGCAAUGUAAAGAAAGAGAGGAAGUGCUGAAAAAAGAGCAGGAGGCAACAGCCCAUCAAAAAGCUGAGCUGGAAAGUAAUUUGUUGAACUUGAAGGAAGAGCUCUCUAAGGUUAAGCAGUACUUGGAUGUUGCUAGAAUGGAAAAUGAAGAAAACAAAGAUCUCCUCCACAGGACCAACACAGAUAUGGCUGAGCUUGGUAUUCAGAUUUGUGCCUUGACCUCUGCAAAGGUGGAUGCAGAAGAGCAGUUAGCUCAGGCCACAGAAAGGCUCCAAGAGCUAGAAGAACAGGCAGCAGAACACCAGGAGAAGCUGAAGCUUGACAUCUCUAAUCUCAGACAAGAGAACAAGAGCCUGCAGGAGAAACUAGAAGAGGCUCAGUCAUGUGCUGCAGCUGUCCCAGGUCUGCAAGUGCAGCUGGAGACAGUAAAGAAACAGGCUGAGAGUUUCCAAGAGACCAGCCAAGAAGAGCUGUCCGCAGUAAAAUUUCAAAUGAGCACAGAGAUUCUAAAUUAUCAGACAAAAUUCAAG